AGAAGCGCGGAAAAUUCAGCGCAGAGCGUAGACCAUCCAAAACGAGUAAUUGGUACGAUUAGUCUUCCUCCUUACCAUCGUCAUAGCUAGAUGAGAUAGCAUUGCUCUUUUCUUAGUACUUGUAAUUAGUCUUCAUUUCACACAAUUAACACUUCUUUAACUUCUCUUGUCUUUGAACAAUCCCUCAAAAUUAUUAUUAUUAUUAUUAUUAUUAUUAUUAUUAUUUUUCUUUCUUUCUUUUGAGAGGGAAAUGCUCAUAACGCCACCGUCACCACCACUGAAUCUCUAAUCCACUCCAAUCCCAAUCCCCAAUUUUCCCUCCCAAAUCCCAUUUUCUCACACAAACCCUAAAAAUUGCUAACCAACAGGAAAUGGCCACCACUACAACCCCCAGUGUCGGCGCCGGCGCCGACGAUCGGGUCUUGGCCACUGCGCAACAGAUCGUCAAUAGCCUCAACACGCCCAAGGACGUCAGGGAGGAUAUGCUUCUGAUCUUCUCCAGCUUUGACAACCGCUUAUCCAAUAUAACCGAUUUGAUCAAAGACGAAUCUAAUCCGCAGUCCCGAUUGGAUGUCGCCGAGAAAGUCAUUUUCCGUUGGGAUUCCUCCCGCCACUCUGCCCCAUCAUGGGAUGAAGCACCCAAUGAGGCUGCUGAAUAUCUGACUGCUGUAGACGAAAUUCUCGACUUGUUGGAUGAUUUGUCUAUCCGGUCUAAUAACGAGAUCAUUGACCGGGCCGAGAACGCUGUCCAGGUUGCUAUGUCGAGGCUGGAGGAAGAGUUUCGUCACCUCUUGAUAAGGAACACGGUUCCUCUUGAUGCGGACAUGUUGUACGGAUCUAUUAGGCGAGUGUCGCUCUCGUUUGUAUCCAAUGAAGGGGAACUCGAUGAAGAAUUUGAGAGUUUCGGAGAGAUUGAUAAUGAAAGCACGUGUUUUCAUGAGCGAGGAGGGAGUUUGGGUGAUGAUGUGCAUGUCGAUUUGGUAAAUAGCGAGGCCGUGGAGGACCUCAAAGUGAUUGCGGAGCGGAUGAUUCGAUCAGGCUAUGAAAAGGAAUGCGUUCAAGUUUAUAGUAAUGUCCGCAGAGAUGCUUUAGAUGAGUGUUUGGUGAUUUUGGGAGUUGAGAAACUCAGUAUAGAAGAGGUGCAGAAAAUUGACUGGAAAAGUUUGGACGAGAAAAUGAGGAAAUGGAUACAGGCUAUUAAGAUUGGAAUCAGGGUUCUGUUGGCUGGAGAGAAGAGGCUUUGUGAUUAUAUUUUUAACGGGUCUGAUUCGGCUAAGGAAAUUUGUUUUAAUGAGACUGCAAAGGGGUUUGUGAUGCAGUUGUUAAAUUUUGGGGAGGCAGUGUCAAUUGCGAGGAAGUCCUCAGAGAAGCUGUUUAGGAUUUUGGACAUGUAUGACGCAUUGGCAGAUGUUUCGCCAGAUUUGCAGUCGAUGGUUACGGAUGAGUUGGUGUGUGGUGAUGCAAAGGGAGUGCUGGCUGGAUUGGCAGAUGCUGCAAAAGUGACUUUUGCAGAGUUUGAGAAUGCUGUCCGGAGCGAGACUUCCAAGAAGCCUAUGCUCAAUGGAGAGAUUCAUCCUCUUACACGAUAUGUGAUGAAUUACGUGAAAUUGGUUGUGGAUUACAGCGAUACGCUGAAUUCCUUACUGGACAAUGAUGAGGAUGAAUCCAAUGAUUUGCAAAAUGAGGAUAAAGAGAGUACAACUCCCAUAGCGAGGAGAUUGCUUGCUUUGUUAUCAACUCUGGAGUCAAAUCUUGAGGAGAAAUCAAGACUGUAUGAGGAUGGUGCCAUGCAGUAUAUAUUUCUGAUGAAUAAUAUUCUGUACAUAGUGCAGAAGGUCAAGGACUCAGAUCUUAUCAAACUUGUGGGAGAUCAGUGGGUUCGCAAACGCAGGGGCCAGAUACGCCAAUAUGCUACUGCUUAUCUUAGGGCUGCUUGGACAAAGGCCUUGUUUUGUUUGAAGGAUGAAGGGAUUGGUGGGAGUUCCAGCAAUGCCUCCAAAGUUGCUUUGAAGGACAGGUUCAAGAAUUUCAAUGCAUGUUUUGAGGAAGUAUAUAGGAUUCAGACAGGUUGGAAGGUCCCAGAUCCUCAGCUUAGUGAAGAGCUUCGAAUAUCUAUAUCAGAAAAAGUUAUACCAGCUUACCGAGCAUUUUUGGGAAGGUUUGGGAGUCAGCUAGAGAGUGGAAGGCAUGCUGGAAAAUACAUUAAGUAUACGGCAGAGGAUUUAGAGAAUUAUUUACUGGAUCUGUUUGAAGGGACGCCUCUUGUUCUUCACCACAUGAGAAGAAAAAGUUCAUAGGAUACGGGAACCUUGUAACGGGUAUCUGCGUGAGUUUAGCAGGAGGUUCAUCAAAGCAUUUUGAUAUUGGUCUCUUAACGGUCCUCUACAUUUGAGCAGAGGCUCAUCAAAGCAUUUUUGAUGGUCGUCUCUUAAUAUCUAGCUUCUUGUUGUGAAUAAUUAUCACUUUGAUUGCUAGACUUAAACUGACAUCUCAACAACAGCGUAUCUAUUUUAUGAUCUAUAUUGUUUCAGCAUGUUGGCAGACAGAAGAACCCCCCCUUGUCUCCCCAACCAAAAGAAAAGUUCAGUAAGGGAUAAUUUAAAUUAGGUAAUUCUAAAAAUGUUUUGUUUCACGAUAUGAUGAAGCCUCAAAUAAAUGAAAUGUGAGUCUACGCAUCAUUUAAUAAUUUCAUUAUAUUUUCUUGAGUGACAGAGGUUAAUCGAUUAACACGCUGAAACUUACUCUUGCUAGAGUUGAUUGCUGAUUGACAAAUGAAAAGGCAAGUACUCUUCCUGGAGUUUGUAUUGUACGCUAAUUGACUGAUUAGAUCUCAUAUAUUUUUACUAUCAAUGGUGUGCAAGUUUGAUCAUUUUUAGCGUAUCACCUUUUUUUUUUUUUUUGUGGCACUGUAAACUGUAAUUCAUAAUGUGCAGAUUAACCAAGACAUCAUUGCUUUUCUUCAUUAAUUUUCGUUUUAAGUUCUUUUUGUAUUUAGGCAAUCUUCAGUUUCCUGGUGAUGCACAUAAACUAAUCAGAGAUAAUCAUGGCUUUGUUUGAUAAGCCUGCCUUUUUUUUUUUUUUUUAUCUUUUUCCUUUAUGUUUAUCUAAAGCCAAAAAAAAAAAAUAAGGUUUACCAAAUGAAGCCUAUGUUUACCUAGUGUAUUAAAUUCACACAAGAUACAAGCAAAUCAUGUUCAUGUAUAUACUGAAACUGGAGGCAUAUUUUUGUGUAUUCUGGGGUAUAAACUUAUGAUUGGUGGAGAUGUGGGGUUAAUUGUGGAUGUUUAUUAGAGCUGCUUAUUUUUCAUAUGGGGUAAACCCUGGUUGUUGAUAUUAACAGUUUACACUUGAGACACAUGCCUGCAUAAUAUCCAAUGGUGAUACCAAAAUGGAAUGGAAGAUUUGUCCAUGUUUUGGAUCAUCUUUUUUGGGGGCGACAACUGAUGAAGAGCUGCUAGCAUUUAUUCGGCUGAAUAUGGGUUUGAUAGUAUGUUACCUCUUGAGGGAAGCACACAAAAUCAAUGGUGAAAAAGAUCUUUUGGGGGCCAAUCUCAGAAAUUUGCAUGCAUUAUAUUACUCAUUGAGUUGUGGGCCUAUGCAUAAUGUUGGCUUCCCCUGAAACUAUUGAUUUAAAUUUAUGAGUUUCUGAAGUUAUUGUUUGGGAUCUGUACAGAGGUCAAUGGUAAUAAAUUUGCGUGCACUUCAUUGCCCAUUUAUAUAUGGUCAUGUCCAUAUCAUUGGUUUCGUCUUUAAACAAUCGAUUAAAAUUGUAAAUUUUUAGUGGUU